AUAGGGCCUUGGCUGGUAGCAGGAUGGUCGGAGAGCUUGGAGACGGUGAAUCAGCCACAGAUGGCAUUCCUCAACAGCUUGCUCAUGACUUGAUUCACCUCAUGGCCCACCAGAAAAUGGUGGUGGAAACACAGCACAUCCUCUCACGAUGCCAUAGCGACGACGCCAUUGUUGUCGUUGGCAGCGACGUCAAGCUACGGUUGGACAUCCUCGCCAUCGACGAAGAGCUCGAAAAUGCCUUGCUCAAUCAUGACCAGAAGGACCCGUCGAAGCCCUUUGAGCGCCUUCUUGAGCGGUUUGAUAUCCUCCACAAGAGCCUGGCGAACACCGACAGUGCGAUCAUCACGGAAAGGUGGCCUCAGAUGAGAGCUGCUCUUGUGCGACAGGCUGCGCUCUCCUGUUUCCUAGCCCAACAAAGGAAUCACGCUAGGCCGGAGCCCUUUGACUGGGGCAGCGUCUGUACGAAGGCGUACAUCAAGGUCGUAGACCGACUCAUUCCACAAGUGGAUUUCGAUCUAGACGCGCUUGACGAUGAAGAGCAAAUGUCCGCAUCGAAGGAGAGGCGGAACCUAACUGACGUGUUCAAAGAGAAGCACUGCAGCGUAAGCAGCAUCAAGCUUCGCACAUUGCUCAAGGAGAACAAGGUUGGUACCUUCGAGAAGGACAUGAAAGCGUUUACGCGAGCAUUGGAUCAAGCGCUGCUUCCGAGGCCGAAACUCCUCACGAUGUACAGCAACGACGGCUCCGACAUGAAUGUGGUGGACAUGACGGAUGGCCGUCAAGUUGGACUCCAGGGCUCCACUAGCAAGCCUCCAAUGAGAAGUCCAGCGAGAAGUCCGGUGAAGCGGUCGGCGAAGAGGAAGGCGGUCUCCCCAAUGCCAGCUACCGAAGAGACACCGCCUACUGCCCAAGCAUUGGCGAAGGCCAACGAGGGCCUCCAGCAAGAACUAAAUGACCACCGCCCCGGUACGGUGUCCGAAGCGCUCGCCAUCAGCGAACGCUUACCCCCGCCAAGCAGCCCAGCGGCCAAGCGUGCAGCCGUCGAGGACAACAGUGGCGGACCAGCUGACAAAAGGCCUGGAAGAGCCCCUUCGAGGAGGAGCGGAAAAUCUGUCACUAGGAGGGAAUCUCGGGGCGAACAGGUGGACUUCGACGAUUCGCAGAGCGUAGACGAGCCCCAAGAAGCGAGGGCUGCGCUUGGCGACCGCCCAUCGCCGGCGAAAGCGGCGGCGCUUCCCUCCGCCUCUGGCAAGGUAAAAGCCAAGAAGAGAAGCGGGCCCAGGACUCGCCACCCUUGGACAGAGGAAGAAGUGAAGCAUCUCAAGGCUGCGGUAAUGGCGCUGGGAAGGGGCAAGUGGUCCCUGGCUUUGGCGCAAUACAAAUUCCAGGAUUGCCGUACUGCCGUAGACCUGAAGGACAAGUGGCGCAACCUCACCAAGGACUGA